AUGCGGGUUCUUGUUAUCGGCGGUUCUGGACGAUGCGGCAAGCUCGUCAUUGAAGAGCUCCUGAACAGAGGACACCAAGUCACCACUCUGGCCAGAAAUCCUGCGACCAUGGGCGAUGCCCGACCCGGCCUGAAGAUCGUCAAAGGCACUCCCACCAAUUUCGACGACGUACUAGCCGCAUUCCAGGCUGAUGUCCCCGCUGUCGUGAUCGUGACUCUCAAUGCGCCUCGGGCCACCGACAGCCCCUUUGCGGCCCCCAUUUCUCCGCCCCGCCUCAUGGCGGACUGCAACGCCAACGUCGUCAAGGCCAUGAAACAAUUCGGUGUCCGCAAGACGGUCAUCCUGCAGGCCUUUGGCGUCGGCGAGUCCUGGGGCAACAUGCACUGCGUGCUGCGCCUGCUUAUGAGCAAGUCCAACAUGUGCCAUCAGUACGAGGACCACGACCACACCGACCGCGAGGUGCGCGAGAGCGGCGUCGACUUUGUCAUGGUCCGCCCCUCGCGUCUGGUCGAGACGGACCAAACGGAGGUCAAGGUCUGGCCUAACGACGGCAAGGGGGUUUGUCUGAUGGCCAGCACGAGCCGCAUCAGUGUCGCCCGCUGGCUCGUCGAUGCGGCAGAGACCACCAAAUGGGACAACACGGCCCCAAUGAUCACAAACUAG